AUGCCGCCCCUAACCCCUCCGGCGUUCUCCCACCGCACGUCGGACACACAACAGCCGGUGCGACUUGACCAUACGGCCUUCCCUCACCUCCUCGACCUCAUUGUAACCUAUGCCGACUACAGCACUCUUCUCAAGUUCCGGCAAGCCUCCGGUCAUACCAAGAACCUUGCUGAGGCUCGAAUCAUGCAUCACCUCUUCAUGAACACUGCCCGGGGAACUGAGUCGGUCCUGGGCAACAUUCCUGAUAUCUUCUGGAAACACAAGCCACAGUCAAGAGCCAUGGUCCACAUCAUCGAUCUGGAGGGGCUACCCCAUUAUCCACUUCCGAACAACCUCGAUCGUAUCCAACGUCGUCUCACUUCCAUGAGCAAUCUGGACGUCCUCAGGAUACACAACUUCCAUUCCGACCUCUUUGACGCCAUUGUCGCUCCCCGGGUCGUGGUGUGCUUCACCUCGACGCCCAACUUUUGGCCCGUGUGCUCCAUGAUCAACCUACCACGGUUCAUACACGGCUGUGAGAAACUUGUCGUCAACCUGUCCUGCACUCGCCGCAUACAGUGCAUUGAGACUUUGGUCCCGCAAAGCCACAUGCCACCCAGCGUCAACGAGGUCGUAUUCUUCCUCCACCCAGAGUCUGCGAUCGAUUACCGACGGUUACCAUUCCCACUUGACGCGCACUACGAGGCACUCUCCGACUUUCUCAACGCUACCUUGGUGAACCGUCUUUUUGUUGACAUCCUUUGUCACCUUGUGGCGCUCUACUUUCGCCGAGGUCUCAAAAUCAAAGUCGUCGGCCUGUUCGAGCUCUCGCGGGAUGCGUUCUGGCAACCCGCCCUGGACCCCCAAGCGAUCGCCUUGAAGUUUACGCAGCUUGUGCUCCGCAGUGGAAACCUUCUAGGCUGGGGCAUAAACUAUCAAGAAAGUGCUGUGGAGAGCCUUUCCUUUAUGUCUGCCGAGGCGUACUGCGCGGAGGUCGGCUACGAAACCUUCCUCUUGGAUACCGUCGAGACUGUCCAGUGA